CAAUUGGCAACUCUAUAACACGUGCCGGUGAAGGAAUGUCAUCAUAAAAAUAUAGAAAAAACAUUUUGUUUUUUAUUUAAUGUAUUUUAGUUUUCUCUUGUAAAUAUUUAUAAUUUUAUUGAACUAUAUAGAUAAUAUGACAACUAAAGUACCACCUCUAACUUACAAAGUAAUUGCUGAAUGUUCAGUAACGAAGGCUCGAGCUGGCCUAAUGACGCUUCGCCAUGGUGAAGUGAAUACGCCAGUUUUCAUGCCCGUUGGCACACAAGGUACUUUAAAAGGUCUCUUGCCGGAUCAGCUAAUUGAGCUCAACUGCCAAAUACUCCUAGGUAACACUUACCAUUUAGGCAUGCGUCCUGGCAUUGAAACUCUACAAAAGGCCGGUGGUCUACAUAAGUUCAUGGGUUGGCCCCGUGGUAUUCUCACCGAUUCGGGUGGCUUUCAAAUGGUCUCUUUAUUAAAAUUAGCGCAAAUUGAUGAGAACGGUGUAAACUUUUGCUCACCGUUUGACAAUAGUGAAUGUAUGUUAACACCUGAACAUUCAAUACAAAUACAAAAUACAAUUGGCGCCGAUAUCAUGAUGCAGUUGGAUGAUGUUGUCAAGACUACUACUGUUGGUCCACGUGUUGAAGAGGCUAUGCAUCGUACCAUACGUUGGCUGGAUCGUUGUAUAAGUGCACAUGCGCGUGAUGACGAUCAAAGUUUAUUUCCGAUUGUGCAGGGUGCAUUGGAUCCUGACUUGCGCAAAAAGUGUGCUGACGCAUUAAUACAGCGCAAAGUGCGCGGUUAUGCAGUGGGUGGUCUUAGCGGUGGCGAAAGUAAACAUGAGUUCUGGCGAACGGUGCAUGUAUGCACUGAUCUGCUGCCAAAGGAUAAGCCACGUUAUUUAAUGGGUGUUGGUUUCGCAGCGGAUUUAGUAGUUUGCGUAGCGCUUGGUAUUGAUAUGUUCGAUUGUGUUUUUCCCACACGAACAGCUCGUUUUGGUUGCGCGCUGGUCAACGCGGGUCAAAUGAAUUUGAAAAAUAAAAAAUACGAAAACGAUAUGCGCCCCAUUGAUCAUGAAUGCGAGUGUAGCACUUGCAGCAGAUAUACACGCUCAUAUCUACAUCAUAUUGCCACAAUGGAAUCGGUAUCAUGCAGUCUGUUAAGUAUACAUAAUGUAGCAUAUCAACUGAGGCUAAUGCGACGCAUGAGAGAAGCGAUCCAGCGCGAUCAAUUUCCACAGUUUAUCUGCGACUUCAUGGCAAAACAUUUUGAAGGUGAAACGGUGCCCUUGUGGAUUAGAGAAGCGUUACAAGCAGUCAAUGUGGAAUUGCCACCUGACGAAGAUAAAGUCAAAGAAGCAGCACUAUAAGUAUACCUAAUAUUUUUAUUAUAAAUAAACGAUGUAUGUAUUUAUUCAUUCGAUAAACAGAUGAAAAUAGAUACAUCAAAAUGAAA